GAAAAAUGUAGUUUGUGAAAAAAUAUCUCUAAGUUUUAAAAAAGUUCAAAAGACGUUACCAACAUGAACAAGACUUCACAAAGAACUGGACAAACAUUAAAGUUUGUGAGUUUAGUUACUCUCACAGUUCAAAAUGCUAUGGUUGGCCUUAGCAUGCGAUAUUCACGUACCAGAGCAGGGGACAUGUUUCUUUCUUCCACUGAUAACUAUGUCAUCUUUUUUUUUAGCUGUUGUGAUGGCUGAAGUAGUCAAAUUGAUUACUUGUCUUAUAUUAGUAUAUGUCGAAGAAGGAAACUUUGAAAAAUUUUAUAAAGCAUUACAUAUGACAAUCGUAAAACAACCUAUUGACACUUUGAAAGUUUGUGUGCCAUCCCUUCUGUACAUUAUUCAAAAUAAUUUACUUUAUGUUUCUGCAUCUAAUUUAGAUGCAGCUACGCAUCAGGUCACGUAUCAGUUGAAAAUUUUGACGACAGCUUUCUUCGCAGUGACGAUAUUACGUAGAUCUUUACAUACUACCCAAUGGGGUGCUCUUGUACUCUUGGUUAUUGGAGUAGUUCUGGUACAAUUGGCACAAACUGUAAAAGCACAGUUACCUUCGGGUAUUGAACAAAACCACUGGUUGGGUUUUUCUGCUGCUUUAAGCGCGUGUUUUCUCUCUGGCUUUGCCGGAAUUUAUUUCGAGAAGAUUCUCAAGGGUUCCGAUAUUUCCGUGUGGAUGCGAAACGUACAAUUGAGUGUGUUAUCUAUACCGUUCGGCCUAAGCACAUGUUUUUUACAAGACAGUAGUAUUAUACGCAAGCAAGGUUUCUUUUUUGGUUAUGAUUUAUUCAUUUGCUACCUAGUGAUCUUGCAAGCGGGUGGUGGAUUGAUUGUAGCUAUGGUAGUCAAAUACGCCGAUAACAUAUUGAAAGGAUUCGCUACGUCUUUAGCUAUCAUAAUUUCUUGUAUAGCUUCCGUUUAUCUAUUCGACUUUCACUUGUCGUUCCAAUUUACUUUGGGUGCAUUUCUUGUCAUCUGUUCGAUUUUCCUUUAUAGCCACCAACCGAAAACUGCAUCCCUCGAUAAACAUACAUCUGCUGAGAAAGUCUGAUAAUAGUGAAAAUAUAAAUUUUUAACGAGGUACUCAACUUAAGUCUUAAAUUCUUAUUAAUAGUUAAAUUGAUGAUACAUGGACUUUAAAAUACUUAUCUACUUAAAGGUAGAAAUAAUUUAAAUGCAGUAAUUAAAAUAAUUGAUGCAUUUAAAUAGAACAAAAAAGGUUAUAUUUAUAGAGACUUAGAAAAUGCUAUUUUUGAAAAAAAAAAUGGUGCAAUCAAUCAUAAGCUUUUUGUUUUAAAAAAGAAUGAGAUAAUUAUCACGUUGUAUAUAUAUAUAUAUAUAUAUGAAAGUCACGUGCAAUCACGUUUUAUAUCCGAUUUUCAUUCUGAAUUAUGAUAGUCAAGAUGAAAAAGUUAAGAAUGGCAAACAAAACAGAAAAAAGAUAUUAAAAUGAAAUUAUUUACCUAUGUGUUAUGAACAUAAUAACAUUAUAUAUACUCAUUUAUUUUUAUAUAGCUUCCAGUUCAAUUGAAAUGUAUUGCUAUAGGCCAGUAAGUUAUAUUCACACUGUGUACUUAAUUUAAAUAGACUUUAAUAAAUACAAUUUUUACGAAAA